CUUUCUAUCAAGUAGUAGAAGGUUAAAGAAACAUCUCUUUGUGUAAAACUGAGUGAGAAAGACACAAACACAAACCACAAGCUGACCUCUGCACAGAUAUAGACCACACACACACAAUCAUUUAUCUCUGUGUUGUAGUUCACACAGGACUUAAAGUCAUAAAUCAUAUAUUAGUCUUAUAUUAUUAUAUUCAUUAUAAAGUCUAUCCAUCUCUUCUUAAGAGAGGACCGUCAGUAUCUACAUACUGUCUCUCACACAAACCCACAGCCAAACAUUUCUACUUACAGUCUGCUGAUAGAAAAUCUUUGUUGUGCCUGCAACUCUCCAUUUCUCACACUUUCUGAGAAAAUUACAGGAAGUGCAAAGGGAAGUGAAGUGUUGAGCUGCAAGCUGUCACGUUGCAUUGUCGCCUGCCUCAUCUUGAAAUAUGAGCAAUAUUGUAAGGGCUACAUAAACUCUACCAAAAGGCUAGUCUGAUGGGCAGAAACAGGCUGUGAGUAUAUGUAUUUGUUUGAAACUAAAGAAGGAAGCAGUUACCACGAGCCACAAGUCAUGCCUUUAUCAGCAUGAAGGAGUGUGUGUGUGUGUAUGUAUAUGUGUAUGUGUGAUCCUAUGGUGCAACCAUGGUAAGAGCAGCACUGACUAAACUUCUCAUCCUCGUGAUCCUCAUCUUCAUCGUAUGCCUCCCAGACUUCUUUACAUUUAACAGAGUAUCAAAAGUUAAAUUCUUCUGUCUGCCCUACCGAACCUGCGAACGAGAGAAUCAGGUGGGGAAGGCGGAGAAAGAUGAGAUCGGAGAUGCUGAGGUUAGAAGAAAAGAUAUGUGUGACCCCUCUCAGACUCCAGGAGAUGAAAAAUGGGAGCAGGUCUGCACACAAAAGAAUCAAACCAACACAACAGAUCUUGCGUCAGACUCCAGGAGAGGUGGUGAAGACCCACAGAUGAGCUGGUUCAUGUGCGAGACAGACACGGACAUAGCAGAAUUACAAAGCAACAUGUCAUCUUCAGCGCUAACCGUUCAUCUUGAGAUAUCAGUGGAGCUUCAGCUUGAAGAUGCAGAGUCCCUUUAUCUCACCUUGUAUGGACGCAAUAAUCACAGCUCCCUACACCUCCACCCACCUGAGGAGGAGGAGGAGGAGGAGGAGGAAAAGAAGAAGAAAGAUGAUGAAGGGCAGAGGGAGGUGUUCUACUGCUGUCUCCCCGUCCCGCCCACCUCGGAGCCAGCCAAUCACAGCCGCUGUCUCCUUUGGCUCGCCAAUCAAACAGCUUUGAAUGCAACAGCAAAAGAAAAGCUACCAUGGAAACCGACACAGAAAGAUGAGUGGCGGUGUAUGGUCAGGGUGCUCUGGCUGGUUCUACUCUGUGUGCUGCUGCUGACUAUAGUCACACUUGUGCUCAGACAAAUUGACUGGAAGAGUUGCUGCCGCAAAAAACCGAAGGUGCGCCCUCUUGGUUACGACCUCACUGGCCCGCAGUCAAAUGGUAAAUUUAAACUUGUGUCCUCUGAAUUAAUGUGUGCUCUGACUUUUCUACUCUACUUCACAUUUCCCAUUAUUUCCCUCUCUAACAGUAUUAUAAACCCAGAUACACACUUCUCUAUCUCACUUCUCUCUCUCAGUCCCAGUUGUCAAAAGUUCAUUUUCUAGUUAACAUGAAAUUUUGUAAUAUUCAAUCAAACUAUUCUAUCAACUAUUCAUAUGUCUCUCAAGGGGCAAUUUGAAGCAAGCAAGUUUGCAAAAACAAGCACAAAAACAGUCCAUUCAAACACAUAGAAAACAAUUUUAAAAUACAAGAUAUAAUAAUGUAAGAAAAGUGUUGAAAUAUACAAGGUUUAAUAGCAGUGCUUGCCAACAAUAUCCAACAGCACAAAGGCACAUUAUGUCAAAAAGUGCAAAAAGUAAAAGUGCAUUUA